AUGGCAUCUAAUAGACCUGAACUGAAAUUCUCUGACAUAUCUGAAGAACGUGGCUUCUACAGAAGAUUUUUAAGUUUACCAGAGAAAACUCAAGGAACAUUAAGAAUAGUUGACAGAGGUGACUAUUAUUCUGCAGUUGGUGAAGAUGCUGUAUUUAUUUCGGAAAAUAUAUACCAUACGCAAUCUGUUUUGAAGAAUGCGAACCUUGAUCCAAAUACAUUAAAAUCAUUUCAUGAACCAACUAAAUAUGUUACAAUGUCUUUACAAAUCGUUGGGACCUUACUAAAAACAGCGCUGCUAGAUAUGGGCUAUAAGAUUGAGAUAUAUGACAAGAGUUGGAAACUGAUAAAGAAUGCCUCUCCCGGUAAUAUCGAACAAGUUAGUGAUUUAAUGAAUAUUGUCGUUGAUACAUCGAUAAUCAUUGCAAGUAUUAAAUUCCAAUUUAAUUCUCAAGAAGGGAACUGCACCAUUGGGACUUCCUUUAUUGAUACAACAAACUUCAAGAUAGGGAUGCUUGACAUCCUCGAUAACGAAGUUUACUCCAACCUAGAAAGUUUUUUAAUUCAGUUAGGGGUUCGUGAAUGCUUGGUGCCUGAUUUAACUAAUAAUGAAAAUGUAAGUGCUGAGCUAAAAAAAAUUACUAACGUUAUUGAUCGUUGUGGUGCUGUGGUUACUUUUAUAAAAAAUUCGGAAUAUUCUAAUAAAGAUAUUGAAUCAGACCUGACAAAAUUAGUUGGUGAUGAACUUUCAUUAGCAUUGCCUAAAAAACAUUCUUCACUUGCUCUUGGCGCUAGUAGAGCAUUGAUCCAUUAUUUACAAUUAUUGUCAGAAGAAAACCAGAUUGGCAAAUAUGAUAUUUUGGAGCAUUCAUUAAAGGAAUUCAUGAAGCUAGAUGCAUCAGCUAUAAAGGCUAUGAAUCUUUUUUCUCAGGGUCCAGUUCAACCUUUUGGCCCAUCAUUAGGUAACCAGCUAAGGACUGCAAAUUCUGGCAAAGUCACUUCAUUAUUUCAACUAUUAAACCACUGCAAAACUAAUGCUGGGUCUCGUUUAUUAAACGAAUGGUUAAAGCAACCAUUAACUGACUUGUCUGAAAUACUUAAAAGACAUGAUUUAGUCGAUUAUUUAAUUGAUCAGCUGGAAUUAAGACAGAUUUUACAAACUGACUAUUUAUUAGGUAUUCCUGAUAUUCGUCGUCUUGCUAAAAAACUAAAUAAAAAUGGUACAUUGGAAGAUGUUUUAAAAGUAUACCAAUUCAGCAGAAAAAUACCAGAAAUUACUCAAGCAUUUGAGUCAUUUUUAGAAGAUGAUAGUGUAGAACCAAAGAUAAAAGAUUUAGUAAAAUCAGAAUGGUUACAACCAUUAACAGCACACAUUGAUCCACUAACAAAAUUCCAAGAAAUGAUAGAAACCACCGUUGAUUUAGAAGUCUAUGAAGAAAAUAAUGAAUAUAUGAUUCGUGUUGAAUUUAAUGAGGAACUAGCUAGAAUUAGACAAAAAUUAGACGAAUUAAAAAACGAUAUUCAUACUAUCCAUUUAGAAGCAGCAGAAGAUUUGGGAUUUGACCCUGAGAAGAAAUUAAAAUUGGAGAACCAUCAUCUUCACGGUUGGUGCAUGAGAUUGACACGUACUGAUGCUAAAGAACUUCGUAAACACAAGAAAUAUUUAGAAUUAAGUACUGUAAAAGCUGGUAUUUAUUUCAGUACUAAGGAAUUGAGAGAAAUUGCAGGCGAGACAAGCACCUUACAAAAAGAAUAUGACAGGCAACAGGCCGUUCUUGUGAAAGAAAUUGUUAACAUUACCUUGACAUAUUCUCCUGUCUUAGAUCGUUUAUCAAUGGUUUUAGCCAACAUUGAUGUAUUAAGCGCAUUCGCACAUGUAUCUUCUUAUGCGCCAAUUCCUUAUAUUAGGCCAACUAUGCAUGGAUUUGAUUCUGAACGAAGAACCUAUUUAAAGAAUUCACGUCAUCCUGUUAUUGAAAUGCAGGAUGACAUAACAUUCAUAUCUAAUGAUGUUGACCUAAAUAAUGGUUCAAGUGAUUUUUUAAUAAUUACUGGUCCAAACAUGGGUGGUAAGUCUACCUAUAUUAGACAAGUGGGUGUAAUCACUCUCAUGGCUCAAAUAGGUUGUUUUGUACCAUGUGAAGAAGCAGAUAUUGCAGUUGUAGAUGCUAUUUUGUGUAGAGUUGGCGCGGGUGAUUCACAAUUGAAAGGUGUCUCUACAUUCAUGAUAGAAAUGUUGGAGACAUCUUCCAUUCUAAAGAAUGCUACUUCCAACUCCUUAAUUAUUGUUGAUGAAUUGGGUCGUGGUACAAGUACAUACGAUGGGUUUGGCUUAGCAUGGGCAAUUGCGGAACACAUAGCCUCUAAAAUUGGCUGCUUUGCUUUAUUUGCAACUCAUUUCCACGAACUAACAAGUUUAGCGGACAAUUUACCAAAUGUGAAGAACAUGCAUGUUGUAGCUCAUAUUGAGCAAGGGGAUGAAAGCCAUAGCAAUAGUGAUGAUAUUACUCUACUAUAUAAAGUCGAGCCUGGUAUUUCUGAUCAAUCAUUUGGUAUCCAUGUAGCAGAAGUAGUUAAUUUUCCUCAAAAAAUUAUUAAAAUGGCUAAACGUAAAGCUACUGAAUUAGAAGAAUUAAAAGAAAAUAAUGAAAUUAUCAAGAAAGCUAAGCUAACUGUAGAUGAAGUCCAUCAGGGCAAUACUCAAUUAAAAUCAAUUUUGAAACAAUGGGUAGCUAAAGCUAGAGAAGAAGGAUUGGAUCCUUCGUCAAUAACAGAAGAAGAGAGCCAGAAAAAAAUCCUAGAGUUGUUAUCAUCUAUUACAAAGGAAUCUAUGGAGUUGAAUGAUAAAUUCUUAAAACACGUUUCUGAUAUCCUUUUAUAG